AUGGCUCCAUCUCAGUUAUCCAAGUAUACCCUCCUCUUCUUUUCUUGCACCUUUUUACUCAACUUCUUAACCAUUCUCGUUUCUUCCCUCAACAUAGGAGUUGAAACCACUGGAAUCACUGUCUCUGUGAGCAAAGAGUGUAGCACAACAUGUGAGUCAAGUUUCUGUUCAGUGCCUCCGUUACUGAGAUAUGGCAAGUAUUGUGGACUUCUCUAUAGUGGGUGCCCUGGGGAGAGACCUUGUGAUGGCCUUGAUGCUUGUUGUAUGUAUCAUGAUAAAUGUGUCCAAGCCAAAAACAACGACUACCUGAGCCAAGAGUGCAGCGAAACAUUCAUGAAUUGCAUGGAAAAGUUUAAGAAAUCAAGAGCUGCCACAUUCCAGGGAAACCAAUGUGAUGUGGAUGAUGUAAUUGAAGUCAUCAAUGUUGUCAUGGAAGCUGCUCUGCUUGCUGGAAGAGUCUUACACAAACCCUAG